UUUCGCAUAUACCGUUACUCUAAAUAUAUACCAAAUUGUUUAACCUCAAAAUUAGUGUCAAAUAUCUGUAACUUGUCAUUAAGUUUAAUCAAUUUAAAGUAAUAAAAAUAGAAGCAUUUUACUUAAUUCAAUUUACACUUGCAAAAAAAACUUACGCACAAUAAACCUACAUGGAAAUUAAAGUCUUUUUCAAUGUCCUGUAGUCUGAAAUAUGUUUACUCAUGUCAUUAAAUGUAGAGCUGUACUGAAGAAGCCGAUUUUGCCAAUAUUUAGUUGAAUCGGCAUUUCUGCCAACUUCCAAUACUCUUGUUAAUUUUCGGCCGAUAUUACUGAAAAACGAAAGAGACUGCCAUAACCUAAAAAUCCACGAGUACCCUUUUCACUUUUCGUAGUAGUACUGCAUUCUUUCAGAUCGCAUUAUUUCUUAGCAACAUGUGCCAACCGUACAUAUCAAGAUUUAACAUCCUUUUUUUUUAAUAUGUCCUAAAUAAAUACAUUACCAUCACGGUAAAUACACAUCUCGGUUAUUACGGCAACUAUAGUGCAAAUGUGGUAACUAUCAUGCUUCUGCAGUAGUUAUGGUAUCCACAAAGAAUCUUUAGUUCUUUUUAUGGUAAUUAUCUUAAGAUAACUAUUGGAAUUGUACUGUAGUUAUGGUACAUCAUCCAUAUUUCUUCGUAAGUUGUUGUUCAUUUGUCUUUUCUUCAUAUUUAUAUUUACGUGCGCCAUUACUGGCAGGAACUUUCAUAAAAAUUUUAAACGGGACUUUAUAUCACACAUUUUAUGGCGUAAAUGAUGAGACCCCGGACAAUUUAAACGCUUUUUACAGUAAAAUGCGGGAAAUGUUUCCGCAUAAAGCGGGAAAUACUUCCGCAUAAAGCAGUAAAGUGAUACAUUAAAACUAUGUGGAAAAUUAUAGAAGUAAAAAAAAUUCAUCACGGAAAUUCGUAAAUCCCGGAAAGACCCUAUCUACAUUGUGAGGGAUUGUGGCAGUAAUAUGGAUUCCAUAAGCUCAUGGAGUCCAGAGAAGAUUGACAAAGAUAGUUACUGGCCAAAUGAUGUAAUAUACAUGUCAUCCUCGGUUCUCGGACGGGAAGGCAUCACGUGGACGUCGGGCUUCCUGGAGCCCGGCAAGACGGAGGGCCAGCUGAGCGUGUACUUCACAGACGUGUACCCUCUGGACGGGCCGUACAACAUCGCUUCCCUGGACGAAAUUAACUGGUCGUAUCAUCGAGUUGCGUGGCUGGAUGUGAACAACGAUGGUCACGCAGAUGCAGUAACUGUGCGGUUCGAGUCGGGGCUGUCAAUUACAUCCAUAUUUUCCCGCAAGAAGAACCUGCUGUGGCUGGAGAACCCGGGCAACGGCUCGCUCACCGCCUGGGAGCAGCACGUGGUGCAGACAGACAGCGGCGAUGUGCACUUCGAGGUCACCAGCCUGACCGCGGCCGGCACCACCUACCAGGUGGUGUUCAUGGCGCAGUUCUUCAACCAGAAGCUCAGCUUCCUCUACGGCGAGGACGGCGCGAACUUCUGGACCGAUACCUCCAAGGCUGUGUCGGUCGUGCUCGACGACUCCAUCGGCAAGCCGUGGGACCUGGAACUAGCAGACAUCAACCAAGACGGGAAAGUGGAAAUUCUGGUGUCAGCCUACAAGAAUUCUGUCGGCUCUGUUUACGCGUACGAGAUUCCUGACAACUUCAUAAUGGGUACGUUUACAAGACACACGUUGGCAACAGGCUUCGAGGUGAAGUGGAGUCUCCUGAACACAAACCCUCUGACUCCGGGAAUGAUGCAAAUAAUGUACAACACUACCGCUGACGAGACAGCUGGGAAGAAGCCGAACAUCGUGGUGGACGGCGACGACGCAGGGGCGUACUACAUCCUCUUCCCAAACAGCGACGACUGGUCCUACAACCUAGUGACCGUGUGGAACACGGAUGGCACCACCACAGGCACGGCAGCAGUCGCCGAUCUAGAUGGCGACGGCCGCUACGAAUUGGUUGCUUCCGGCUACAGCGCAGGAAAGGUUGCAGUCUUUACGUGCUGAAGGUUGCAGCAUGCGUGUGUCACAAUUUGCUUAUGUUUCUCUUUCUUCGAGUGUUUGGAUGGUAAAUAAAGAGUAAUUGUUUUGA